CUGCGGCCUUCGCCGGGCGCUGCCGCCGCUCUGCGUCACGGCCCCGCUCCGCGCCGGCUCCCGCGCGGCGGCGGAAGCUGCGGGGAAGGCGGGGCGGGAAAGCGGCGUUAAAGCAGCGGCGGGGCCGCGCCGGGUCGUGCCGGGCCGAUGGAGCCGGGCGGCGAGAGCGGCUGCUGGUUCCUGUACUACGCGUACGGCAGCAACCUGCUGCGGGAGCGGCUGCUGCUGCGCAACCCCUCGGCCGCGCUCUGCGCCCUGGCGCGCCUGCAGGAUUUUAAGCUGGAGUUUGGCCAUUAUCAAGGCAGGACAAGUUCUGUCUGGCACGGAGGUACAGCUACCAUUGCUCAGAGCCCCGGGGACGAAGUGUGGGGAAUAGUGUGGAAAAUGAACGCUUGCAAUCUAAGUUCGCUGGAUAAGCAAGAGGGAGUUGAGGAUGGCAUUUAUGUCCCAAUAGAAGUUAAUGUCCACACACAAGCAGGAAAGGUACUGACCUGUCGAAGCUACCAGAUGAAGGACUAUGUCUCUGGUCCCCCUUCUCCACAGUAUAAAAAGGUUAUCUGCAUGGGUGCAAAACAGAAUGGCUUGCCAACUGAUUAUCAGGAGAAAUUAGAAGCUAUUGAAACUAAUAAUUAUGCAGGACCGGUGCCAAUCAUGGAAGAGAUUGAAGCUGCUAUUAAAGCAGAGAAAAUAAAUUCUGCAUAGAAUGCCUCUGCAUUUGCUUGGCCAUUCACCUUGAUUUAGAUAUGUCUCUUCACUGUGCUGAUCAGCAGUUUCUUUAUUUAUCAAGAAAAGAUGAGUUUGCUGUGCAUCUACAGUAAACCAUUAGACAUAACUUGCAGUCUGAAGACACACUGACAUUGGUAACUUCUUUUUGUAUGUAUAGCUUGAGUACAUGCUGAAGUACAUGCUGCAAGUACAUUGCAGAUUUAGGAAUUAUUUUUCUGUAAUUGUCAUGCAGUGCUGCAUGUAAAUUUGUGCUUCAUGUCCAGUUUACUGACCUUUUUAAAAGAAAAAUGCCAUCUUCAUGAGUUUUGGCACCUGUUGCCUUCUGAGGAAUAAGGGCUGCAGGAUCAGGUCAUCUGUUUGUACAAGUUAUAUGUAUACAUGACUACAUUUGUUAGAUGCAAAGUAAACCUCUAAGGCUAAAGCUUUUUCUCUGCUACUUCUCUUAAUGGUUUAAAGCCCAGCCUAGCUGAUGCCAUGGAGUUCCUGUUCCUGUUUUAUAGUUAAUAAAAAAAAAAAAAGUGUUUUUUUAACUGCUUCCAUGUUCAAAGCAUAAGCCCAAAAGGCAGCCUGGGCCUGAAGACAACAUUCAGCAAAGCAUCUCAUUCAAACCAUCAUAGCUGCCUUCCUUUCAAUGUCUAGUGAAAGUCAUAGGUGAACUGUUUAGCUAUAACCAAGAGAUUUUUAAAGAAAUCAUUUUAGUUUGAUAUUUCCAAGGUUUUUUUUUAAAAUACCUUUUUGAAUGGCUUGUUUGCCUAUCUAGGCCUUGGUACACUUGGUACAGUGAAAUCAGAAAGUCUCCUUUGAGCCCUAGCACAUUUAUUUUGUGGCUUUUUCUAAAUUAAACACUAAAUUAACAAUUAACAGACUUGGCCUCUUGUGG